GAGAAUUGCAGAAACAAUGAGAGACUCUUAUGAGUUUGACUCAUUAAUGUGCCAAAUAUACCACUCGUUUAACAUGUUGUUCCUUUGAGAUAAGGUGUUCAAACAAACUAAGGGUCCCAAUACCGGCACACACCCCCAACCUACCAAAAAGAAGAUAUAAUGCAAGACUUCAGGAGGUCAAGCUAGUAUAAUAUUGCAGAAACAUUGAAUUUUUCUUAUUGGAUUAAUUGUGGUUUAAAGGAAAAAAAAAAAAAGGAAUGGAAAUUCUGGGGCUUCUGAAAAUUCAGGUUCUCAGAGGAAUCAAUCUGGCAGUUAAGGAUACAUUUAGCAGUGAUCCUUAUGUUGUUAUUGACAAGGGUGGCCAGAGAGUGAAGACCAGUGUUAAAAAGAACAGCUGCAACCCUGUUUGGAAUGAGGAAUUGACUGUUGCAUUGCAGGACCCAAACAUUCCAAUUGUUCUUAGUGUGUACGACAAAGAUACAUUCACCGGAGAUGACAAGAUGGGUGUAGCAGAGAUAGACAUUAAUCCAUACCUGAAAGUUCUGAAGAGGGGCUUACAAGACCUCCCAAAUGGUGUCAAAGUUGAUAGAGUUCAGCCAAGCAAGGACAACUGCCUAGCAUCUGAGAGCUGCAUUGUCUGGGAGAAUGGCAAGAUGAUCCAAGACAUGAUCCUUAGAUUGCGAGAUGUGGAAUGUGGUGAAGUAGAGGUCCAAAUUGAAAUGAUCCCUAAAUGUCUCCCCAAAUGAUCUGCUUGCUGUAUUUUAGACAAUGAAGGUUGGUAUAAAACUACUCUCGAAAACUCUGCAUACAAUAGAAAGCUUUGAAUGAGCAAUGUGACAGCUCAUUUUUACUGUAAGUGAAAGCUUUGAAUAAGACGACCAGUCCAAGGCUUAAUAUAUCGUUGUAUAUGGCACUUCGUCCGUUUGCUGCAAUAAGAAUAGUUGUUUCCUGUAA